AUGUAUAUCGAAAUAAUGUUUAUAAUUUAGUUCAAUUCGUUCAAUUUAUCUUCCAAGUUGUUAGUGCGUAGUACUAAACCACUAGACCAACUGUCUCUAUCUGCCUUACCUUUUAUAAUUUUACAGCAUGGUAUUGUUGUUUGAAAAGCUAAAUACACUUUUUUUGUCUACUUAAUGCCACCAAGACUACUUCAACGAAUAACAAAUAAGGUUUCAUUCUGUGUAGCACGCUAUCUGUCUACAUUCAUAAAGGGACUGCCACAUUUUAGGAUUAGAACACUAAAUGCCAGUUUUUGAUAUUCCUCCAGAAAAGGCUAAACACGAUUCUAAACUUCUGAGACAAAUUGUCAGGGCAAGAAAGUGAUGUUGUCUCAUUGACUGGUUCCAUUAGGCUUGAACAAAGCACUAUCAGUUGUUAUUCUCAUAAGCCUUUUAUGUUCUACGCUCUCCAAGUUUUUGACAGUCACUCGAAUAAAAGGUUGGAGUGCAUAAGCAGAAAACUGUAAGAGGAAAAUGCAAACAAAAUAACACAAGGCAUAGCAUGUCAUCGUGAAACCGAUCGUUUAUACAUUGACUAUUCACAAUUAAUGGUUAUAUUAGUUGGGUACUUUGAUGAAACGAGGUCCUUCCGGUAUUGAUGAUAUUAAUUAAUUCUUCUAAAUUUCAGUCAGUUUUCAAUGGAUUUUCUUCAUUAUAUUCCGUAUCUAUAUGAGAACUAAAGCCAUAAAUUGAAAAGUUUUAACCAUUUGAUUUUGUGUAGUUCCGGAACGUACUAGGUAUAUUCUGUUUUUUAAUAUUGUCGCAACAAGUCUGUUUUAUCUGUUCAUCGUUAAGUAGAGCUCCUAGAAAAUGCUGCUUCGUAUCGCUACUCAUCACAAUAAAACGUCAUCUCUUAAACCCUCUAAUCAAAGAGCUAAUACAAUCAGGCAUUCGAGGAAUUAUGCUACUGGGAAGGAUGUGCGUUUUGGUUCAGACGCAAGGACUUUGAUGCUUCAGGGCGUCCAAAAACUAUCCGAUGCAGUCGCUGUGACUUUAGGGCCGAAGGGUCGUAAUGUGGUGUUAGAUCAAUCUUACGGGCCUCCAAAAAUCACCAAGGACGGUGUGACUGUGGCGAAGCACAUUGAAUUUAGUAACCGUUAUGUCAAUUUGGGCGCGAGUCUGGUCAGAAGUGUUGCGUCGAGGACAAACGACACUGCCGGAGACGGGACGACUACUGCAACUGUGUUGACUCGAGCCAUGUUCGAAGAAGGCUGUAAGGCUGUGGCGUCUGGCUGUAAUCCGAUGGAUAUUCGACGCGGUAUGCUUCGUGCUACCGACCUCGUAGUUGAUCAAUUACGCAAGAUGACCAAGGCCAUCGACAGCAAAGAGGAAAUAGAGCAAGUUGCUACUAUAUCUGCCAACAGCGAUGAAGAGAUCGGUGCUUUACUUGCGGAUGCAAUGACGCGUGUUGGAAAAGAAGGCGUUAUUACUGUUCAAGAUGGAAAGGGUAUUGAAAACGAAAUUGAAAUUGUUGAGGGGAUGCGCAUUGAUCAGGGAUUCCUGUCUCAUCACUUCAUUACUGAUAAGAGAACUCAGAAGGUUGAGAUGGAAGACGUCCAUGUUCUCCUGACCGAUUCGAAGAUUAAUAAUAUUCAGUCAAUACUUCCUCUUUUGGAGCAAAUUGCAGCUUCUCGCAAGCGUCUUCUUAUUAUUUCUAGUGAUGGUAUGGAUAGUGAGGUUUUGACCACAUUAGCUAUUAACCGUAUGCGCGGAUUGCAGGUUGCUGCUGUGCGCGCGCCGAGCUUUGGGGAUACCCGCAAAGCUAUUCUGGAGGACAUUGCUAUUCUCACAGGUGGUGUUCUCGUCAGCGAGGAAAUGGGAUCGCACUUGGAAGAGGUAGGCAUACAACAGCUAGGUCAUGUCAAGAAGGUUACUAUCUCUUCUGAAGACACCAUCAUACUCGGUGGCUCUGGUUCUAAAAAGGACAUUGAAUCAAGAUGCGAAACGAUUCGUACAAUCAUGAGUAACGCCACAUCGAAGUAUGAAAUCGAGAAAGCGAGGGAGAGACUUGCCAAACUUGGUAGUGGCGUCGCUGUGGUCAGAGUUGGCGGAACUUCGGAAGUUGAGGUUGGAGAGAAGAAGGACCGUAUUAUCGAUGCGCUGAGUGCUACUCGAGCAGCUGUAGAAGAGGGCAUUGUCGCCGGUGGAGGUGUCGCUCUUUUGUAUGCUUCUCUGGCUCUCAAGGACUUGAAACUUGACAACUUUGAUCAGCAAAUAGGAGUUGAUGUGAUUCGAAAAGCCUGCCAAGUUCCUUGCCGUAUGAUAUGUAAUAACGCCGGGUCCGAAGGCUCACUCGUUGUACAAAAUUUGAUCAGCGGCAACAUCGACACAAGGCGCGGAUUUAAUGCACAAACUGGUCAAUACGUUGAUAUGAUCGAUGCAGGUAUCAUCGAUCCUACCAAGGUUGUUCGAACUGCCCUCAUUGACUCUAGUGGUGUCGCGUCCUUGAUGACCACGACAGAGUGCAUGAUUGUAGAAGAGAAAGAUGAUAAGGCAGCUGCUAACAACAUGGGCGGUGGCAUGGGUAUGGGCGGUGGCAUGGGUGACAUGUUCUAAUUCUAUAUUCAUAUUGUAUGUCAGGCCGAUAAUACCUUGAAGAUUUCUUCCUGACCUCGUCAUCAAGUCUGAACUUUUAGUAAAAAAAUUCUCUCAAUUUUGUCGA